AUGCCUGGACCUGCUGCAAGUGCAAAAAAUGUCGGUGCCUUUAGUCGAUCGCCCAGCAAGGCUGUAGCGCCCUGGGCUGCUGGUGGUGGAUCCACAGUGAGGCAGAGGAAAGCUACUAGCAGUGCAGUGAGCUGUGCUGGGCGAACCACUUCAACAGGCGCUGGGGGUAGGUGGCGAUUCUACACAGAGGAUUCUCCUGGGCUUAAAGUUGGGCCUGUUCCAGUGCUUGUCAUGAGUCUACUGUUCAUCGCUUCAGUAUUUAUGUUGCACAUCUGGGGCAAGUACACCCGCUCAUCCACAAUAAUUCAGCUUCAACUUAAUGCAUUCAUUCAUCCUGGACCAAAUGCCUAUUUUUAUGGGAACUGA